AUGCUGUCAGCACAUGCGAGCCAUGCCUUCCGUGCUGCUCUGGGCUGUUGCCUCGCAAGUGCUUUUGCCUUGGUGCCCAAUCUGCAGCGGCUCUUCACACAGGAGGUGCAACCACUUCUCCCAACGGCGGCGAUCAUGUCCUUGUUCUGCGCAGGGAACUCUCUCGAGGAGACCGGCAUCCUGUGCCUGGAGUCCGUCCUGGGAACGUUGAUUGCACUGGCCAACGUGACUGUCAGUCGUAGCCUCGCUCAGGAGUCCCAGACACAGACGCUGUUUAUCUGUGUGGGCUCCGUUGCGCUGGUGAUGGUCGCCUGUCUGCUGCCUGUAUCCGAGAAUGCCAAGAUGUACACAGUCGGCCUCACGGCGUACUUUACGAUGGACUCCUGUCAAUCCGGGAACAGCACCGGCCCGCUCCCCUUGGAGUAUCUUAUGGUCUCCCUGCUCGGGUCGGUGUGCACGCUCUCAGCAUACCUCAUGCCUCUUCCGGGCGUCCAGGAUCCGCGUGCGCGAAAGGGCGCAGGAGCAGCCUUCUCGGACAUCGCCGAGGGCUGUGCCGAGGUCAUCACCGAAGCCAAGUCCGCCUUCCUUGGGACAGGUGCUGGUGAAGCCUGGAGAGCUGUGGCACAGCAACGCCUGAGCAAGCUUUCGGAGAGGCUCAGGGAGGCGCGAUACACGGCCUCGUACCGCAACCCGCUGGUACUUCUCGACCCGGCCGGCCGCUUCGCCAUGGCCAGGAAAAGGCAAGAGGCGGCCUUGUCUGCGGCAGCUGAGACGCUAGAUAUUUGCUGCCUGCUGUGCGAGCUGGCGGCCCGGCCUCAGCUCGCCUACUCGGGGGAUUCGGGCGGCUCUGCUGAAGCGGACCUGGUCCGGAGUGCGGCUGAGCCUGCCAUCACUCGAGUGGUCGACGGGGCGGCAGACUUGCUACAGAACCUGGGCCGCAGCUUCCAGGAAGGCAACGAUGCCAGCGAGAGGAAGCGCAUCCGCCAGGCCGCCCAGGCGGCACUCAGGGACAGCAGUGCAGCAGCCAGGGAAUUGCUGCUGCUGAAGCAG